CUGCAUUGUUGUGCCUUGUUCGGCCCGGCAGUGAAACCGUGCAUGCACAGUGUCUCCCACAUCCUGUCGGAACGUGAGCAACGUGGUGUCACGCUUAAAAAGGGAGGUCCCGAAGUGCUGCUGCAGGGUGUCGCAAAAGCUGGCCCAGGCCAGCCACUGUGUGUGUCACAGGUUGUCAUGAUCAAGGCACGGCUCCUGUCGCCCCCGACCCAGCCAGUUAAAGGUGGUUGUGUCACUUUCUGUGUGUCUCUUCUGUUCACCGCGCAGCAAUGGGAAACCACUUUCCUGUAGUUGAUCGUAACAACAGGAAAAUGCCCUUGGGUCAAGAUGGACACUCAUGGAAAAAGAAAACAUGUGACAUCAAGGAGAUGUAUGACUUUAAAGAUGUUCUUGGGACCGGGGCGUUCUCGGAGGUGGUGCUAGCGGAGGAGAAGAGGACGCAGAAGCUGGUGGCCAUCAAGUGCAUCCCCCGGAAAGCGCUCGAGGGCAAGGAGAACAGCAUCGAGAACGAGAUCGCCGUCCUGCACAAGAUUAAACAUGCCAACAUUGUCUCCCUUGAGGAUAUUUUCGAGAACAAGUCGCACCUCUACCUUGUCAUGCAGUUGGUGUCUGGAGGGGAACUCUUUGACCGGAUCGUGGAGAAAGGAUUCUACACGGAGAAGGACGCCAGCAAACUCAUUCAGCAGAUUCUGGACGCCGUGAAGUACCUCCAUGACAUGGGCAUUGUGCACCGCGACCUCAAGCCUGAGAACUUGCUCUACUACAGCAUGGAUGAGGACUCCAAGAUCAUGAUCAGCGACUUCGGCCUGUCCAAGAUCGAGGCUGGCAGCGUUAUGUCAACAGCAUGUGGCACCCCAGGAUAUGUAGCUCCUGAGGUCCUGGCCCAGAAGCCCUACAGCAAGGCAGUGGACUGCUGGUCCAUCGGUGUGAUCGCGUACAUUCUGCUCUGCGGAUAUCCUCCCUUCUAUGAUGAAAACGAUGCCAAGCUGUUUGAACAGAUCCUCAAGGCAGAGUACGAGUUUGACUCGCCAUACUGGGAUGACAUCUCCGAUUCAGCUAAAGAUUUCAUCGUCCAUCUGAUGGAGAAGGACCCCAGACUCCGCUACACGUGUGAACAGGCGCUUCAGCAUCCCUGGAUCGCUGGAGACACGGCUCUGGACAAGAACAUUCACGAGUCCGUCAGCGCUCAGAUCAAGAAGAACUUUGCCAAAAGCAAAUGGAAGCAAGCCUUCAACGCCACGGCGGUGGUGCGGCACAUGCGCCGGCUGCAGCUGGGCACCAGCCAGGAGGGCACCAGCCAGACCAGCCUGCCCAGCCCCUGCCACGGCGCCGGGCACCUGCUGCUCCCCGAGCGCGACGAAGACGAGGAGCAGGACGCCGAGCAGAAGGCCCAGUGUGAGGGAGGCUGUUCAGAGGUGGCAGCUGACGGAUCAGAGGCUGACGCCCUGCAGAACUGCGCAUACCGCUGCCACCCCACCAGCCGCGUGUGAGCAUCACCGCGUCGCGCAGUGCAGCGCCGUGCAACACCGCACCGUGCCGCCCCACUGCCAAAAAACCGACCUCAAGACUGUCCCUGUUUCGCAUCACUGGAGCCCGACACUAAUCCCCAGUCUGGCCAGGAAUAUGGAGUGUUGUUCCAGCGGCCCGACACCAGGGAGCGCUGUUGUGUAAAGAAUCCAGGGUUUUGGGGAGGAAAGGGACACUACUACACGCCAAUGGAGGGAGUCACUUUAGGCCGACAGAGGAGGAGGAGGAGCAGGAGAGCGCUGGCACAUCGUGAGGAUAUGAAGGGAUAGAGAGAGAGAGAGAGAGAGAGAGAGAGAGAGAGAGGAGGAGAGGUGUUCCUCAGGUGGAUCAUGGGUAAUCUUUGGAGGUGGACAGAGCUUGGACGUUGUUGUAAUCAUCCUUUAAGAAACGCUCUUCUGUCUCCAUCUCCAUAUUUCUAUAUGCAGUGUAGUGUUUUUAAUCUGUUUCUUUUAUUCCAAAAACAAAACAAAUGCUCCUUCUCUUUUCUUUUCUUUUUUUUUUUUUUACUGGCAGACAGAAGCCCUGGCUUCUCCAGUGCACCUCAUUUCAUUGGAGCUCUUUUACAUUACUGUAUGAGGAUAGAUGUUCCAAUGCAGACCAGUUGGAGAGUUCAGGGUCUGGUCAGCAUGUACGAUUUUACAUGAAUAUAGCCUCUUUUACCUGCUUUUCUUAAUCCUCUAGCACAGAUUGCGUAGAAGUCGCAACCUUAAUUUACGUGGGAAAAGCCAGGUGUUACAGGCAGGUACGAUACAUGCAUGUAUACAUUCCUCCAUGACACAGUAAGUACUGUAUGUGUGGAACAUGUUUCUCUCAAUGUUGACUCAUGCGAAUGGAUAAAACUAGAGUUCUUCCUGUGUCCCCUUCAGGAAAUGUGACAUAUUUGUUCAGCCAUGCUGCACUCUCCUGUGUUGGAGUAUUGUCCUUGCAAUACCCCAUGUGUGUCUAUUUUACAUGUGACAACAGAUGAACCAGCUCAGCUUAUCAGAAUCUGCAGUGCCUUCAGGGUUGCAGUAUCAAGUGUUUGCGUGUCUAUUUUUGUGUCAUUCCAACACAACUGUAGUCUUGUCAAAAAGCGACAAAGGCAAAAAGGUCGUUGAAGAGUUUCAUCAAAUCAUUAUCAUUGCUUUUUAUGUUAGUCAGAUAAGGCAAACAUAACUUGUCAGUAUAGAAAUAGCACUACAUAGGCAGUGAGUUCUCCUGGGCACUAUAGCAGUCGGCAUUUAGCAAGACGGAUGCACCCAGCACUCAGUAAAUGCAUCCAUUUCAGUGUCAGCCAAACAUCCUACUCAUGGGGAUACCGAUCCUAUCAGACUGUACAUUGUAAUGUAGAACUACACAGAACCAGUGAAUUUCUGAAGGGGUUUGUCUCCUGUCUUACAACAAAACUGUUUGAACUUCAAGCCACACAUUCUCAUGUUGUAAGCCUUUCAGACGUGUUGCUUUUUUAUGUUCCUUGGUGGAUUGCUUUUUGUUUUUCAUGCUUCUUCUCGCUCCCAUGCCAUUCAUGUUUCUCACUAUCGGUUGUGUACAGAACACCAAUUAAAGAACGUUUGUGUUGUA